AUGCGUCACUUGCAACCACUCUCGAACACGGCAGCGCCGGCGCCGGGCUCGAGCUUAGCGCUUAUGAAGACGCAGCAGCUCGCCCGCGAAGAGGAAGAGAAGCUGCGCGCUCGACGAGUCAAGGGGGUCAUCGUGCUCGUCGAGCAGUUCCUGCUGGAGCAGGGGUACCACCAAACUCUGCAGGCGCUCCAGCAGGAGAGCCGCAUCUCCCUCGCUCAGUUCAGCGCCGCCGACAACAUGGACUUGCUCUCUCUUGUCCAGGAGUACGAAGAGUACCACGCCUUCAAAUGCCAGCGUGCGCCGAAGCUGUACCGCGUCCGCGGCGGCAGCAGCGAUGACGCCGACGGCGUUGGCGGUGUCAACUCUGAAAGCGGAGAGCGGAUGCUCUCACGGAGGCGAAAAGGCGCGUCGGCUCCUAGUGUCGCGACCUCGUCUUCAUCGCCACCUUCGCUGUCCUCUGUAGAAAAGCCGCCGCCGCACCUUCGGCCAACGAACCUCGCGCGCGCCCUCAGCCACGUGCAGACAAACGGCGACAAGCGCGCUGUGGCGCCGAACGGGGACGGCAGCGCUCUUGGGUUGUCUCUCCAGGGCGAGUCCGCUGCCGCUCACAGCUCCGGCCGCGAGGGCGAGAAGGGUCGAAGAGACGCAGCCAGGGAUGGCGAGGACUGCAAUGAUGCUGCAGAAGACCCAUUCGGCCCCUUGAGCCGCCGCGUACUGAAGCCGCUGCCGCCGUUUCCGACGAACGAGUUGAACGAUCUGGCCGCCACGAUCCUGCGCGAGAUUCUCGACGUCAACCCAUCCGUGCGUUGGGGUGACAUUGCUAACUUGGAAAGUGCCAAGCACCUCCUGCAGGAGGCCGUGGUGAUGCCGGUCAAGUACCCGGAGCUGUUCCAGGGCAUCCUGCGCCCGUGGAAAGGGAUUCUUCUCUUCGGCCCGCCCGGCACCGGCAAGACCCUCCUCGCCAAGGCCGUCGCGACGGAGUGCCGCACAACCUUCUUCAACAUAGCCGCCUCAUCCGUCGUGUCCAAGUGGCGCGGUGACUCAGAGAAGCUCGUCCGCAUGCUCUUCGACCUCGCCGUCCACUACGCGCCAAGCACUAUCUUUAUCGACGAGAUCGACUCCUUGAUGUCAGCACGGUCGAGCGACGGCGAGCACGAGGGGUCUCGCCGUAUGAAGACAGAGCUGCUGACGCAGAUGGACGGUCUCUCCAAGCGGCGUGGCGGCGAGGUGGUGUUCGUGCUAGCGGCGAGCAACGUGCCAUGGGACCUCGACACGGCAAUGCUGCGCCGGCUGGAGAAGCGCAUCCUCGUUUCGCUUCCGACGCACGACGCUCGCGUUCUUAUGUUCCGUCGUCUGCUUCCCAACUCCUUCGCAUCCGACGCGGACUAUGAGGCGUGCGCCACGCUAACGGAGGGCAUGUCCGGUGCCGACAUCGACGUCGUCUGCCGUGAGGCCAUGAUGCGACCGGUGCGGAAGCUCAUUUCUCAGCUUGAGGCUGCAGGAAACGGCCGCGACGCGCACACGCGGCUUCCAAGCGAGCCGCUGAAGCCGGCAGCCGCGACGCUCGAGGAUGUGCAAGCGAGUAUUGCGUGCACCCGCAGCAGUGUCCGGGUAGCAGACCUCGACAAGUACGAUGUGUGGGCACGCGAGCACGGCUCUGGACUAUCCACGUAA